CAUAGUGUUCAGAGCCAUUUGACCCUUCAAGCUAGACAAGUUUCAUUGUUUGUAGUUUUUUUCGUUUGAUGCUUAUUUCAGGAGAUAUUUCGCCCGGUCACUAUCAAUGUACCACCCUGUAUAUGUCAAGGGAAAUUCCAGUUUUUGAAGUUGUAGCUUUUGUUUUUGUGGUAUCGACUAUUGCAGUGAUAGAUCGAGGGAAGUGUCUGAUUCUUGUGGAUUUUGCUGGUGUAGCGGAAUGUUAAAUUUUUUAUUUUGUUCGGCAUUUUGUAUGUUUUGGGAUCGUGGUGUAAUUUGGAGAUGCUGAGAAUGCUCAUUUCUGCCAAAUUCAUGAUGUCAUUGGUCAAAGCAGACAGGUGAAAUCGGAAGCUUCUGUAAACCUAUUUUACAGUUACGUAUAAACUAUGACAGACUUUUACCACAUUGUUUCGUGGGUGUGACUAACAAGUAGUAUACGUCUGUACUGGGAUUAUCAAUGCAAAUACUGCGCUGUAAACAAUGAAAUUUCUUUAGCAACAAACCUGGUCCAUCACAGAAUAUUCCCUCCAAAACAUUAUGUAUCAGUAAGGAUUUAAUGAUGAAAUCUCUUAGUGCUAUGUACACUUUACAAAAUUAACUUAAAUUUGUUGCAUUUUUGAAAGAAUGUUGAAUUUCAAUAAAUACAUUUAGGUUCUAAAUCUUUAUAGUCUAUACAUGCAAACUUGAUAUUUAUUAUCAGUGUAAUUUUGAGCCUCAAGCUCACAUGUGCACUUAAUGACUAUGCUCUUAUUUUAUUUUUUAGUAUCUCAGGGAUCACCUCAUAAUGACAUGAUAUAGGAUCUGCUGCCAUAAUACAAUAAAAAUAAACUACUUAAAUAUACAUACACAUAGGUUAUAUAAGGACAGUUUUAAUAUUCCCUAUGAUGGUACAAAUAAACAGGGGACAAACUGUUUUGUUAUACCACUACCUUCUGGAUGUCCUAUUUCAUGUUCCAGGAUAAUUUUGCACAAUAAAUUCUAAUAAUGUAAAAUGAGUUCUUUUUCAUUCCCAUCUCAGAUUAUACGGGUUUCUCUUUCUUCUUCUUCUUCUUCUUCCCUAACACUUGCAAAUGUGAAUUACUAAUUCUUACCCACCACAUUGAACAUACUACAGUAAUAGAAAUUAAUCUACACAAUAGGAGUAGUUGUCAAGGAGAAACUUUUUCAGUUUGUUUUCAAAUUUUACUCUGCUGCCUGUCAGACAUUUUAUAUCAUGGUUAAGUGAUCAAAAGUUUUUAUGAAUAUACUGUGAAGCAGUAGUCAGAAUGCCCAACUUCAACAAUGGAUAUAAGAAUGUGUCCAUAAGAAGAUUGUGUGAGUGCCAAAUAUUAUUCUUAGAGUACGAUUACGAGCAAUGAAAAUUUUCUUUCUUAAAGUUCAGUAACCCCAGAAAAUUAUUGAAUGAAAAUAUGUAAAAUAUAUCAACAUACUUAUUUGUCUCUCCCCAAGAUUUGCAAUGAUUCUAAGUGCAAAUGUAGUUGAACUAAGAUAUUUUAGGAGUACCAAAAUAAGCUUUUUCCAGUUUAAACUAUCAUUAAUAUUGACUGACAUCUAAGAAACCUGAAGUUUCCACCCUAUUUAUUAUUCUCUCACCAUUUGUUACACUUAUCAAUGGUGAACUACUACUAGAUGUGCUAUACUUAAUAUGUUGAGUAUUUUUAAAAUUGAGGGUGUGUCCAUUCACAGAAACCAUUUUUUACUGUUUCUUCUGGUGUUCUUUGUAUGGUUGGAUUGAUUACAGUACUAGUGUCUUCAGCAAAAAGAACUAAUUCUACUUCUUGUGUAUUAGAUGGAAUAUUGUUUACAUAUAUGACGAACAAUAGCAGACGUAAGAUUGAGCUCUCGGGACCUUACAUGUGAUUCUUCCCCACUCAGAAUUAUGUCCCAGGACUAUAUUGGCUAAAUUCUGAAAUACAAUUUUCUGCAUUCUUUUGGUUAGAUAUGAUAUUUUUCAUUGGUUGGCUAUACCACCAGUCCCCUAAAACUUCAAUUUAUCUAGGACAAUACUGUGAAUCACACAGUCAGAUUCCUUAGGUAGGUCACAGAAAAUACCAACUGGCACUAUUUUAUUAUUUAAUGCUUGUAAAAUUUGGUGAGAGAACAAGUACAUAGCAUUCUCAGCACAGAAACUCUUCUGAAACCCAAACUGGGAUUUACUGAGGAUAUUAUGGUUGCUAAGGUAUGAUACUAUUCUAGGAUGCAUCACCUUCUCAAAAAUUUUGGAAAAUGAUGUCAGCAGUGUAACAAGUCUGUAGGCUAGUUAUUUACAUUUCUAUUACCACUUUUUUAAUUAUAUGUUUGACAAUGACAUUUCAGUCUUUCCGAAAGAUAUAACCACCAUUUGACCGUACAAUAGGUUUUAUUUCACAAUCUAGAUUUUGGCCUUAGGCCAUUAUCAAGUGUUAAAGCACAAUGAAAGUACAACUAUCGGACAAAGUAUCAGAAAAUAUCAGGGAAAACAGUUAAAUCAAUGUAUGGGGUGCAUGAUUUGUUCUCCUACUUAUGUAUUAUAAAUCAUCAGAACUACUUGAGUAGAACCCAAGUCAUCAUCAAAACAUGUAUCUUUGGUUAUAUAAACCAGUUUUGCAUAAAUAAAUGCAAGAACAUUUGUGUAAUAUGCUAACUGCCAGUGAAUUAGCAUAAUACACAAAUGUCCUCACCUUUCAGAAAGUUUUAUACGACUGUAGCUCUAUGGAAAAAUGCCUUGAGUUAGUGAUACAUUACGUAUUUCAGAUAAGACCAGGCUCAUCAUAUGGAAACAAAUCUUUUGUGCUCUAUUGGGAACACUAACAAAACCAGAUCAGCUAUUAUUUUUUGUAGCAUGAAAUUACUGCAGAAUAUCUACUUGUUCUUGCCAGGAAAUACAUUUACCUUUCCCUUCUCAAGAUACUUUAAUCCCUCUCGUAUCCGUGACUAAUGUCCUUUUCAAAUAAUGACAAAUUUGUCACGCAACAUACUAAAUUUUAUGAAAGCAUUGGGGUCAUCAUAAAUUUCAUCCCAGGUCUUUACUUGUAAACUAUUCUUAAAAACAUUCGUUCUGGAGUCAACUAUUCUAACUGAUUUCCACUAAGGAGUAUUCACACUGUAAAGCACUGUGUUAUUUAUCUUAACUAACUGUGCAUCAUGAUCAGGGAGCACAUUAGUUACUUGGUGAAUAGUCAUUUUUCUUGCUUUGAUAUUCACCAAAGAAAACAUUAUCAAUUAGGGCCCUACUGUCUUUAUGCAACCGUGUUACUGAAAUGAAACUGUAAAAACCAAAUAGUGUUUCCAUAUAAGUUUUCCUACCACAAUCCGUUAGAAAAUCUACAUCUUAAUCACUAUAGGCUAUUGAGGUUUGCUGCUGUCUGACAAUAGUACGGUGAGUAAAAAUUUAAUAUUUCCCAGUGAGGAUCUAUAUAUAGUUACAAUUAAAAACGAACCUUUUUUUGUAUUAAUUAACAAGCACAAACUUAAUGUGUAUUGAUCACUACAAAAUCUACAAUCUUUUUAAAAUUAUUCAGUGCAGGACCUGAAGUAAAACCGCUGCAUUGUGCUAGCAGUACUUUUUCACGUGUACGAGUUACACUAUUUCACUGAACACUACUGUUAGUUCUGAAAUGGAUUCCACUUCAUUUUCACAGCACUUAUGUUAUUUUUUUCUCGAGUGCCGUAGUUCCGUGAAAUAUUUUCUCAACAUGUAGUCUAUUAGCAAUAUUAUUGGCACGAUUUCAGGCAAAUACCUAAGCUUCUUAUUGCAUUAACCACUCCAUGUAAUGAAAUCACGCGUACGAGACUUGAAAACGAUAUCAUAUAAAUAAAUGAUUUGAAUUCAUGCAACUGGUGGACACACUGUAAUAAGAAAUGUCGCCCGGCUUUGAAUGUUUAGUUUAGACUGCUUGAUGCUGCAACUGUUUCGCCAAGACUCACGCGACAAUAUUCUGCGUGGCAGCUUUGCGUUUUACGGUAUUUUUAGUUACUUGGUUCUUAAAAACGGAUGAAACGCCUAACUCAAGUUUAGUUUGCAUUUUGCAGCAGCUGCUGAUCCAAUGUAGGACCGCCAGCGUGACAACUGACAAGUCACUGUCUAGCCACCCACAAGACCACAAGUGUUGUUAGUUCAACGCCCCGAACAGGUGGCGUCGGUUAGAAUCUGUGGACGACGUAUCUAUAUCCAAGAUAAGGAAUUUCUGACGCCAUAAGCGAGAAGCCAGCGACUUCAGUACUCCGCUCCGGCGUAUUAAAAUGCCGAAAAUAUCGUGAGUGGUAUGAGAAUAAUUCAUCGAAAUAAAAACAUAAAUUGUGUAAAUAUGGUUACCUGUGUUGCCUACAGAUCCAUAAAAAGAAGCGGAAAAUCAGCUGUUACCUUCUUUAGCUGAUGCUGGCAUCCAGUAUUGAGCCGACAGUCCCAGAGGGCACUGGCCACCAUGGAAGAUGAGGUGCCUGGAGCUGCCGAGGGUUAUGAGUUUAUGGCAGUGAAGCAGGAGCUACGUGAAGGCACUGAGGCAGAUCUACUACGAAUGGUGCAGGAACCAGAGUGUAUUAUUGUGCAAAAGCUGGAACCGGGUGACUACGAUUUGCAACUCGGAGAGUCAGACACUGCACAGGUGCACGAGGAUGGGGUUCACCAGAGGCUGCCAGAUAUUCCGGCAGGAGGGGCUAAACAGGAGAUGAUUCUCGGCCUGGCCCCGGAGGUGGAAUGGGUUCCGACGUGUUUACCUGCCGAUGACGAGGCCUCGAGAGACCCCCUGGCUUCUGAAGGAGACGUAGAACCAGGAGCGGCAGAUAUAUAUCUUGACAGAACACGAUUUGGGUUCUUCGCCACUGCGUCAACAGAAACGGCAAUUCCUUCCCUGGCGGGACGAGUCGGUACCGAUGGGGAAUUGUCGCAGUAUCGGAUGCAUGAGAGCACACCUCACAGCAACUCUAAUACUGCAGCGAGACAGAGUGUCGGGCAAAACUUUGAAUGUAGUUCGUGCUCUUCAGCUUUUACGUUAAAGCACAGCCUGGUACUCCACGUGUUCACCCACUUACCCGGAGUGCCACCUCCGGACCACAUCUGCAGAGUGUGCGGAGAGGUGUUCGACGACGCAGAGUCUCUGCUCGGACACGCGACUGCUCACAAGGACGGGCUACGGGGGGCUCUUCAGACUUCCAGAAGAUCCGAGCUGCCUCCCGACGGACGGAAGCCCCGAAAGCGUCCUCAUAGCUGCGAUACGUGCGGCAAGGCCUUCCCGACGCCCCAGAGCCUGAACAUUCACACGCGGACUCACUCUGGGGAGAGGCCGUAUGCCUGUGAAAUUUGCGGCAAAGCUUUCGUACAGUGGAUUCACCUGCACAACCACAAAAUUACGCACUCCGACGAGAAGCCUCACCACUGCGAAAUCUGCGGGAGAACCUUCGGCCACUCCGACAGCCUGAAGAGGCACCUGCGGCUGCACACGGGCGAGACGCCGUACCGGUGCGACGUUUGUGGGUUGUCCUUCUCUCUUCUGGACAAACUCAAAACGCACAGGCAACUCCACACUGGAAAGAAAAAGUACAGCUGCGAAAUUUGCGGGAGCUCCUUCGCUGCGCCGAACAGCCUGAAGGCGCACACGCGGAGGCACACGGACGAGAGGCCUUACGGCUGCGACAUCUGUGGCGAAAGCUUCAUGUGGUCUGCGACUCUCAAGAGGCACAGACUGACGCAUACGGGCGAGAAGCCCUACAGCUGCAACUUGUGCGAGAGGCAGUUUGCUGAGCUGAACACUCUGAAGAGACACUUGCAGAGUCAUUCCGGCGAGAGGCCUUAUAGCUGCGGACUCUGUGGAGCGACGUUUUGCUAUCUCAGCUCUCUCAAUGCACACGGCAGGGUGCACACGGGUGAGAAGCCGUACAGCUGCGACAUAUGCGGCAAGUGCUUUGCGGUGUCGAGUCACGUGAAACGCCACCGGCGGGUGCACGCGAAAGGCCCAGAUACGCAAAUCUCGUAAGAGCUCUUCCUCUUUCACUAAUGGUACUAGUAACGAAUAUGUGUGUUUACAAAGAGACUCGAGAUAUUCUAAAUUGCUCUCGGGGCAAUGUUGUUAUGUUUUGCAGCGGCAAAUGGAGUUUGCGACUUACCAAUUUUGCCAACAGUGGCUCGGCAAUCGGAUUUUUGUUCUGUGUCCGACAAUGUUAUUGAUAUGUGCCUAUUAUGUUAAAUAAUAAACUAAGCAGAAUGGGAGAAUAAUGAAA